UGUCACUGUGCGGUCUCUUCCUUCCUCCCAUCACUCGACUCGAUUGUGAUCCGCGGCCGAAAGGUCUCUUCUUCCCCCUGGAAGAUGGCUCUGGCCACCGCUUUCCUCUCCUCCCACUCCCUCUCCGCUACCGCUCUUCGCCAAUCUAGGGUUCUCGCGGUCGGUUUCCUCCACCCUCGCUUCAUUCGCCACGAGACUGCCCGGUUCUCGCCGCUUUUCCAUGGAUCCUUCGUCUCCGUCGGCGGAUUCCUCGGGACGAUGCGCGGGAAUUGCCCUCAGACUUCUAUCAAUUCAGCUGAUAUGCUGGGAUCUUCGUCAAGGAUGUCUGAUCAAGAAUCAGUGCCAAUGCCAAUAGUUUUGAUAGAUCAAGAUUCAGAUUCCGAUGCAACAAUUGUGCAACUUAGUUUUGGUGACCGUUUGGGAGCACUAGUGGACACGAUGCGGUCUCUUAAGGAUUUGGGACUGGAUGUGACAAAAGGAACUGUGACAACUGAGGAUUCUGUUGUGAAGACAAAAUUUUUCAUUAUGCGGGCGGGGCGGAAGGUUGAGGAUCCAGCUAUGCUAGAAAAGAUUCGCCUUUCCAUCAUCAACAAUCUUUUGAAGUAUCAUCCUGAAUCGAGUGAAAGGCUGGCAAUGGGUGAAGUUUUUGGAGUCAAACCCCCAGAGAAAAAGCUAGAUAUUGAUGUUGCCACACAGGUAUUUCUGCAAGAUGAUGGACCAAAGAGAAGCUUGCUCUACAUUGAGACUGCUGAUCGACCAGGACUACUCUUGGAGAUCAUCAAGAUCAUAACAGACAUCAAUAUAGACGUGGAGUCGGCAGAGAUUGACACUGAGGGCCUAGUAGCGAAGGAUAUGUUUCAUGUAAGCUACAGAGGUGCUGCAUUGAACAGUUCAUUGUCACAGGUGUUGACCAACUGUUUACGAUACUACCUCCGCAGGCCUGAAACAGACGAGGAAAGCUAUUGAUGGCCCUAUUCCGAAGCAUUGCAGGGCCAAGAAUUGAUGCAGGAUUUUGUUUCAUUGUUGCGUGAAACUCAUUUUCUGCAGUUACAGCCCCACGAGGCUCUGCUGUCAUAUUCGGUCAAAACUUGUGUACAUGAACUAUUAUAAUGUCUGAUAUGUCUUGUCCACUGCCUAAAUUCUGCAAGGGUGGUUCAUUAUAAAUUAUUUUCUCGAACUGUUAAUUUUAA